CCUGUCCAAAGCCAGCCUGCUGCCUCUUCAAGCCUGCAGAGCAUAGCUCAUAUCUGGGAGGAACGAUAGCCUCUAUCUUUGGGUGGUUUUUUUCCUUCCCUUUUUGCAGUAGUUGAUUGCAAUAAUCUAUUAACGUGUUACUUGCGAGGUGGCAGCUGAGAGAGAGCGAAGCCGGUUUUGAGGGAGAGGAGGGCUGUUGACGUAGCAAGAGAGGGGAUCCAUUUCGAAACUGAACCCCCCCCCCUUUAACGAGGCUCUCCUUGAAGUCUGCUCUGGAGCUGUGGUGGAGGAUGAUGCAAAAGGAUUUCUCGAGGCAGCCAGCCAAAGACUUUCUGAAGGACGUCUGAAAAGCCUGCAGAGUGGUUCUUUCUCUUGCCAAUGAACUCUGAAUACUUGAUGGAUUCAUAGCCACAAGGGAUUUACAGCACACUGAGAAGCAGCGAUGAUGUUCUGCCUCCUCCUGUGGUGGAAUCUCAAAGUCCUCGCCCUGUCUCUCCUUCUGAAAACCACCAUCUCCUUAAAUCCAGAUGACCCAAAUGUUUGCAGCCAUUGGGAAAGCUAUGCCGUGACAGUUCAGGAAUCGUACUCACAUCCCUUUGAUCAGAUCUAUUACACGAGAUGCACGGAUAUCCUGAACUGGUUCAAGUGCACUCGACACAGAAUAAGUUAUAAGACAGCAUAUCGGAGGGGACUGAGGACUAUGUAUCGGCGACGAUCGCAGUGCUGCCCAGGAUAUUACGAGAGCGGAGACUUCUGCAUCCCUCUCUGCACAGAAGAAUGUGUCCACGGAAGGUGUGUUUCUCCCGACACAUGUCACUGUGAACCUGGCUGGGGGGGCCCAGAUUGUUCCAGCGGAAGGGCCACCUCUGAAGGGGCACCCGAGCACACGGCAGCACCAGCGGGGAGUAGCAGGAACCACACCGCCAACAGCUGUGACAGUGACCAUUGGGGUCCUCACUGCAGCAACCGCUGCCAGUGCCAGAACGAAGCGCUUUGCAACCCCAUCACUGGCGCCUGCGUCUGUGCGACUGGAUACAAAGGAUGGCGCUGCGAGGACUUGUGCGACCCAGGAAGUUAUGGCAAAGGCUGCCAGCUGAAGUGCCAGUGUCACAAUGGGGCCACCUGUGACCAUAAGACCGGGGAGUGCCACUGUGCUCCUGGAUACACAGGUGUCUUCUGCGAAGAGCAUUGUCCUCCCGGCAGCCAUGGAGCGCAGUGUGAGCAGCGGUGCCCAUGCCAGAAUGGGGGGACCUGCCACCACGUCACUGGAGAGUGUGCCUGUCCCCCAGGAUGGAUGGGCUUUGUAUGUGCCCAGCCGUGUCCAUCAGGAACAUAUGGGGUUAACUGCAGCCAGGAUUGCCCAUGUCAUAAUGGAGGGCAAUGCGAUCAUGUGACGGGGGUUUGCCUAUGCACUGCAGGCUAUAUGGGAGACAGAUGCCAGGAGGAGUGCCCUGUUGGGACGUUUGGCUUUCAGUGCAUGCAGAAAUGCAACUGCGAGAACCGAGCCAAGUGCUACCACAUCAAUGGGGCCUGCCUGUGUGACCCAGGCUUCAAAGGGAUCCAUUGCCAGGAGCGGAUGUGCCCCGAGGGAUACUAUGGGCUGAAAUGCAACAAGCGGUGUCCUUGCCAUGUUCCAAACACAGUCAGCUGUCACCCUCUGUCUGGAGAAUGCAACUGCAAAGCCGGCUGGGCAGGACUCUACUGCAAUGACACCUGUCCUCCGGGAUACUACGGCGAAAGCUGCCAGCUUGCCUGCCGCUGCCAGAAUGGAGCAGAUUGUGAUAGUAUUACAGGGAAGUGCUCCUGUGGCCCAGGAUAUAUGGGAGAAGACUGCUCUGUCGUUUGUGCAGCCGGAACAUACGGAGGCAACUGCUCAUUGGUUUGCAACUGCAGAAACGAUGGCGGGUGCUCCCCAGUGGACGGUUCAUGCUUUUGCAGAGAAGGGUGGCAGGGAACAGAUUGUUCCAUUCCAUGUCCGAGUGGCACUUGGGGUCUCAACUGCAACCAGUCAUGUUACUGUGCCAAUGGAGCUGCCUGCAACCCUGUAGAUGGAUUCUGCCUUUGCUCUCCUGGCUGGCAAGGGGAUUUCUGUGACCAGCCCUGCCCUGACGGGACAUACGGCCUGAACUGCAGCGAACACUGUGAUUGUAGCCAUGCAGAUGGAUGUGAUCCGGUUACAGGUUAUUGUUGCUGCCUUGCUGGUUGGACAGGCAUCCAUUGCGACAGUGUCUGUCCAGAAGGGCGAUGGGGACCCAACUGCUCCAUCACCUGCAACUGUGAAAACGGAGGGUCCUGCUCCCCAGAGGAUGGGACCUGCGAGUGUGCACCAGGCUACCGAGGACCGCUGUGCCAAAGAAUUUGUCCACCUGGUUUCUACGGACAUCAGUGCAGCCAGCCAUGUCCCCAGUGCAUUCAUAGCACUGUCCCCUGUCAUCACGUUACAGGACAUUGUGACUGCCUCCCAGGAUUUUUUGGCCCACUCUGCAAUCAAGUGUGUCCAAGCGGAAGAUAUGGGAAGGAUUGUACCGAAGUGUGUCUGUGCACCAACAACGGGACAUGUAACCCCCUGGAUGGGUCUUGCCAGUGCUACCCUGGUUGGAUAGGCAAAGACUGUUCCCAGACAUGCCCUGUUGGCUUUUGGGGUGCAGACUGUUUUCAUUCUUGCAGUUGUCAUAAUGGUGCAGUAUGCAGCCCUCACGAUGGAGAAUGCAGGUGCACUCCUGGCUGGACGGGUCCCUACUGCACACAACGAUGUCCAGCUGCUUUCUAUGGGAAAAGCUGUGCCAACGUCUGCCAGUGUCAGAAUGGAGCAGAUUGUGACCACAUUACUGGGCAGUGCACAUGCAGGACAGGGUUUACGGGGAAGCAGUGUGAGCAAAAAUGCCCCCCAGGAACAUUUGGUUACGGUUGCCAGCAGCUGUGUGAAUGCAUGAACAACGCGACCUGCGACUAUGUUACGGGCACCUGCUACUGCAGCCCUGGCUUCAAAGGAAUCAGGUGUGACCAAGCGGCUCUCAUGAUGGAAGAAUUAAACCCCUAUACUAAAAUUAGUCCCGCUCUUGGAUCGGAGAGGCAUUCAGUGGGAGCCAUCAUUGGGAUUAUUAUCCUCCUGCUAAUUAUUAUGGUUCUGCUGGCACUCUUCGUGUGGUAUCGACGGAAGCAGAAGAAAGGCCAUGACAUGCCAAGCGUCUCGUACACGCCAGCCAUGCGGAUGACAAACACCGAUUACUCACUCUCUGGUGCUUAUGGGAUGAAUAGACGUCAGAACACAUACAUUAUGGAAAAAGGCUUCAAAGACUAUAUGAAGGGAUCUGCCUGCAGCUCCAGCACCUGUUCCCUCAACAGCAGCGAAAACCCCUACGCCACCAUCAAAGACCCCCCCAUCAUGGCAUGCAAACAUUCCGAGAGCAGCUAUGUGGAAAUGAAAUCUCCCGUUCACCGGGACGCAUCCUAUUCUGACACACCAGCCUUGUCAGCAGCUAAUAAAAACAUAUACGAUGUUGAGCCCACCAUCAGCGUCAUCCAAGAGGCUCGUCUCCGCAAUGCUGUCUACAUCCAAAACCCAUACGACAUGCCCAGGAACAGUCACAUCCCCUGUCACUAUGAUGUUCUCCCUGUAAGACACAGCCCAACGCAUGGGACACUUUGGGACAAGCAGUCUUAGAGGGCUGUGCGUGCUGCUGCUGCACUCAUAAACUUCGUUCCCCGAUGCAAUGACCGAAGAGAAGACAAUCCUUUCUGUUUUGUUCUGCUACAUGCUGGAUAAACAACAACACAACCCAAGGAACCCGAAGACGAGACUUGUAUUGGGCCAACUUCCUUCUGCAUGAAACACUUUCUUUUUACAAGACAGUUUUAUACCGAUCACAGGAGAAACCAAGAAAAACUGCUCUAUGUACAAACUGGGAGGGGGGGAAGGCUCCCAGAAGCAGUUUCUCAUGCAAGUCUAGUGUUGGACAAAGUGUAUCUUACUGACUUGACUUUGCUUUUUAAAUUGGAGGGGUGGGGGUGGAGGGGAGAAAAGAGACAAAGAUCCCUUGCUGUAAGUUCUUAGAGCUGUAUGUACUAUACUAUCACUUGCUGAAAAAGAGGGGUUUAAAAGAACUUUUAAAGACAAGACAGUAGAGGAGAAAUAAGCUCUGCAUUGAAGAACCACAGGAGGGAGCAGGGCUCAGGUUGCUUCUGCCAUCCUGGCUAGACAACGUGCUUGAGCUCAGCGUUCGUUUUGAGUGUGCACCUGCUAUUCUACAACUGUGUGUGGAAGAACCAAACUAUCUGGUGCUCAUGCACUUCCACUACUGCUUCAAAAAUGCUUCUUGCUUGCAGCGGUGGAGAGUGCCGAAGAGGUGAAUUUCAAGUAGAGAAGAAACGAGGGUACUCCCUUGAGGUGCUUCUGUUCUCAUACUUCAGCAUUCCACUUAAACAAGGUUCAGAGGCAGAGAGAUACUCAGCCACAUAAAGAAAUGCCAGAGGUGGCAGGAUAGGUGCAAACAUAGGAAACUGUUCUAUAUUGUAUCAGAACAUCUAGCUUGGUACAGUUGAUGGUGUCUGACUGCAGCUCUCUCCAGGGUUUCAGGAAAAGGUUUUCCCAGCCUACCUGGGGAUGCUGCUAGGGAUUGAACCUGGGACCUUCUGCAUGCCAAGCAGCUGUACUUAACACUGAUCUACGCCCUCCCUUCAAGCCAUGCCACCUAAUACAGUCAAAUCAACAACAUACAAUUUCCAGAAGAUUUUUUUUUUUGUACAGGCUCACUCCCCACCAGGCAACUGCUCAUUCUAUAUACAGUAUUUUGCUGUGAUGUUUCCUUUUGCGCAUAAGAUGCCAUGGCAGCAGACACAGAAAUUGUCACUGUUCAAAACUUCCAUUUUUUCCUCUAGAUUGUUUUGAGCGUGACCUAUUGUUGGGACUCAAUGUAUUUAUUUAUUUUUAGGGCACGUGCAAAGAGGGGUUGCAAAGAGGAGGCUGCUUCACCAGGAAAUACCAAUUUAACAGUAUUACAGUUCAGUAGGAACCAGAUAUGUGGGGGAAACGAAAGGAGUUUCUAGAAGAGGAUUGAGUAAAACGACAGGCCCAGGAAGACUUGGGUCUGCGAGAAUUCCCACACUCCAGCUAGCUGUAUUUUCCCAAAGAGGGUGGUGCAGUAAGCCAACACUGCUUAAUAAGGAACAUGCGCGUGCCAGGUGCGCAGUUACAUUAUAAAACAUGGCCAUGGGUGCUAUUUAUUUAUAACACUGUUCCUAGGAACACAGUGUGGAACGGCUGCAGCUCAGUGGUAAGAGUACUUGCUCCGCUUUCAGAAAGUCCCGGGUUCAGUCCCUGGCAUCUCCUGGUAUGGCUGGAAAUGUCCUGUGUCUGAAACUCUGGAGACUUGCUGCCAAUAUGUGUAGGCAAUACUGAACUAGGUGGCCAAUCAUCUGACUCAGAACAUGGCAGCUUCGCACACCCACAUUCUGAGAGCUUCAAGCAAGUCCCCAGCUGGAGUGGUAAUCUGAUAACAAAUAGUUCUUGUUGUAGAAAGACUUGUUGUAGUGGUAUCUGAAGAAGUGUGCAUGCACACGAAAGCUCAUACCAAGAACUAACUUAGUUGGUCUUUAAGGUGCUACUGGAAGGAUUUUUUUUUGUUUUGUAGAAAGACAGUUAGUGACCCACCACACUCAUUUAGGAAGUCUUCCUGUAAUAGCUAACAGGCUCCCCUUACGAAGACAAUUGCUUCUGAUUUUUGGAGAUGGGCAAUGCCGACGAGAUCCCUCUUUGUUGCCUUCAGUGUGUGAGCAAACUGUACGCUACCUGUCCGUGGCUGUAGGUAUGUGCUGGCAUGGAAACAGUGGGCAAAUUGCUGCCACUCAGUGGCAGAGCAUCUGCUUUGGUUGCAAAAUCCUAGGCUCAAGCAGCAGCAUCUCAGUCACCAGCAACUAGGAAAUACCUCUCUGAAACCCUGCAAAACCAGGGACUUCAGUAGAAGGCAAACCCCUAUGUCCCUAGUGCAAAAAUGCAGGACAUUACUCCUGAAGAAUGAACUUCCUAUUGGUGAUCACAGACGUACUGAUCUUCUACAUGCAAAAUGAAAUGGCAGACUCUUUCUAAGCCAGGCCCAAAUGCAUCUGAGGAGGAUGGAGUAGAUGUUAUUUGCACGUAAGGGGUAAAGUUGCCAGGAAGAGCUGCAGCCUAAGCAAACACACCGUUCUCUUAAAACUGAAGCACCUUUUGUUUUCAGUGUUCCUGAAUGCUUAUCUUUGGAACACAGUGGCCAAAAACGUCCCCUUUCAUGCUGAUUGGGCGGCUCGAAGGAUGCUGGAGACAGUGACCCAGCUGCAGAAAUAGUAAGGGGUCUUUGACCCUCUGUGACCUCAGACCACUACACCACUGAGGUACAGGAUUAGUUUCAGCCAAGUAGCAGACUUGGGUAGACUUGUUGCUGGGUGUAAAGCUCAGCUGAGUCAGUGCCAGACUUUAGCCCAAGAGUGGGGGACCUUAUUGAGGCUGAAAAGUUUUCUGAGGGCCACAGGGCAGUGGCAGACGUGGCCAGAUGUAAAAGUGUGCGGAGCAAUGAAUGUCAAUUUUGCCUUUGUGCCAUUGGCUAGAUUCUGCUCAGUCAUUCAUCUGGACAAGCAAGAGGCAUUACUCAAGUUCAAGGACACAUUCUAGCCAAGCAAUAAUAAUCUAGGUGGAAAACAGGGGCACCGAGGGUUCUGGGCCCUGGGGAGAGUGCUAAAGGCCAGGGGCAGAGGCCUACGUUUAGCCUAAGGUUCCCCACCCGUUCAGCCCAUUGACCUGUUCAACAUCCACCGGUAAGUUGAGAUAACUAAUGGCAGCUUAAUCCCUCUCUAGAAACAGCGAUGAAGUACUGAAGGCCUCUCUCUCCUAAAGCAGGGAGGGGGAUAUCUUACGAAACAGAGCAAGGAUGUUCUCCAGGAAGGAUGACACGAUUUAUCCACAGCACAGGAGGAAAUGUAGUUAUUUACCCGAAUGCUGCAUGUGUGCAUGAGGGGUGGGGGUGGGGUGGGGGAGGCAAAUGAGCCAUUUUACUUUCCAGGAAAGCCUUAUGCAGAUGACGAAAAGUAGCAGAACCUUAUUUUGUAGGGCCAGUGGGGAUAUAUAUUUUAAUUACGUGUAUAGAAAGAAAAAAGUCUUACCUCAGAGUUAAGCGAUGGGAAAAGUCCUCCAUGAAGGCUUUUUUUCAGACAGGGUAACUUCCCAACUGUGUUCACGUCUCACUCGGAAGUUAACACAUUUAACCCAGAUGGAGCGAGGAAACCGCUGCACAAAUUUGGAGGGACGUCAUCCUGCCUCUGCGCCGCAUCCUGGACUGUAAGCAACGCGUGUUGACUGGUGAAAUUGUCCCCACCGGUGGUUUGGGCACAAUGGAGGCAUAGAUGGGGGAAGGCAACCUAGUGCUACCCCAUCAGAGGGUGCAAGCUUUCAGAUCACACAACUCUCCCUCUAGUAGCCACAUGCGUCAUAUUGCUGCACAGUUGAGACUGCACCAGGUAGCUGAACGUCCUCUGGCUUUUAAAAAACUGGAUGGUUAAACCAAAUUGAGGGUUGGGGGGGAGGGAGAAGAAUAAUACUAAAUCCAGCAGGAGACAGUGAAAAGCAAAUCCAGUUCCACACACAAACACACACAUAUAUAUACAUAUAAAUAUUAUAUAUAUAUACAUACAUAUAUAUAUAUAUAUAUAGCAUUCCUUUAAAAAGGAAUCUAGACACUGUAAUGGCAAUACUUUUUUUAAAGCAAGACAGAUUUGUAAUAUUUGUUGACCGUAUGACGGUGGUCUACCUUGUAAAAAAUAAACUGAAUUUCUCUCAGCUGUGUA